UGUCUGGACGUAUGCUAGCUACUUUUAAAAAUAUCGCUUCCCUUGUUAUCAAAUGAGACCGUUCACACUGCAAGGCCACAGCCACAAGCUACGCCAUCUAUACUGGACAUGUGUGGCUUCUGUUCGCUCCCUGAGCGAUCGUUUUGUACGUGGCGGACACGUUUUCAGUCCGCGCAUGCGCAGAGCUAAGGUUAGACCUUGUGCAAGCCAGGCCUCAAGCACUACGCAGGGCGCCAUCAUUGUUGUCUGAGCUGUUGUGGAUAAUUUGCAAGUAGCAGGUGUGAGAUUGUGCUUUCAGUAACUCUUGUAGGUUCAAGAUGGAGCAAUUGAUUGAAGAAGUACGUACUCAUCCAGUGAUUUGGGACUCUACAUUAGAAGUCUACAGAGAUGUGACAUUGAAGGAAAAAGCAUGGAAUGAAAUUGCCGAAUUGUUAUCAAAAGACAAAAACUCCUUAAGAAAUCAGUGGAGAAAGCUAAGGGACUGCCACCGCCAAGCUUUGAAUAGAAGAAGAACUAUGACUGGGCAGGCCGCAAACAAAAUAAAAAAAUGGAAGUACGAGGAUGAUAUGAAGUUCGUACUUAAGACGAUGAUGCAUAGACUGAGUGACUCUAACAUUCCCUGCCGGAUCGAAACGAGGAACUAGAAUUAAGUAUUGGGAAGCUGCAUGAAAAUGAGGAACAAGAUGAUCUCGACGGUGAUAUCAAAAGUAAUACCGAUGAUGUAGAAAAAGUGGACGAAAUGGUUGCAAUGGGGAUUUCCAAGAGGCAUAGACAAAGUUCUAAAUUUCAUGCUUUGCAAAGAAAAAAUAAGAAUUCUCGUACAAAAAGUCAGUUUGGAAAUUACCAUGGCGGUUACGAAACAAAGUAAAAAUUGAGGUGCUAAAUAGCAUUUGUAAAGUGGAAGACGAAAAUGAUCUGUACUACCAUUUAGCUACUAGUCCUAAUUCAUCUUCAUCUUUUGUACCGACUCAAUCACCUACCACUUCACACAAUCAGUCCUCUUGUUCUCCUUUGUCAACUAUUUCUGGACCUUCAUCUAUCCCUUCCCCAGAGUGUAUUGCUUCAUCCCUUUCCAGAGCUGGGUAUUUCCCUACACCUGUCAAUGAAAACACCUUUGAACUACUUUAAGAUUUUUGUCAAGAAGGUUAAUUUAAGUUAUUUGACAUGUAACAUUUUUGUAUGUCACUUGAAGCUACUC